UACAGAUAGGCGUUCGCUUUAGAACAAUGAUGUUAGGCCUAUAUGUGACUAACCAAACGAAAUUAAUAAGUUAUUUUUCGCCAUAAUAUUACGGAUAAGGCGUUUGCAUAGUAAAUGUUUCCCAAGUUGGUAUUCGCAACGAGCUUGUAUAUUUACGUAACCACAGCGUAAUAUCGCGUAACCCUGUUCGCAAAUAACAAAGGACAGCAAACAGCGGGUCGUCUGGAUGUAUUGUACCGAAACUUAUUUUGUCUCUUGCGUCUUUGUUGACGUUUCGUGUCGCGGUUCAGAGUUAAAAGUUUUUUUGUUAAUAGGCAUCUGAACUACAGCGAAAUUGUUGGUGUUGCCGCGUGUCUGAUCGAUGGUAAGGUUAGUUUGAAAAGCGGGAUAUGGAUUUGAGCCUAUCCAAAGCGAUUUGUUAGCUUCCCUCAGUUAUCGUUUUAAACUGCAUGAAUGCAAUGGAUGCUGUGCCAUGUAGGGUUGUGACUACAGAGGCGAAACGGGAAAUGCAAAUAAUUAGAAGAGGUAACAUCAUAAGAAGAAAAUCUCUUCCACCGAUUUCGGCUAGGAAGCUUAUCACGGAAGUCUUCACCAAUAGAAAAGAAAACUUCUCCAACGCGUUGUUUCCAUGUAUUACGAGUUCUUUGAAUAGGUCUGGAGAGCACGAUAAUAAAACCCCCGAGUAUGCAGAACACCGGCAAGAAUCACCAAGAGAACCGUCUAUGGAUGAUGAUUUUGUGUUUGUAAAUGACCCAGGCUUGGAAGAGGCAGAGGGGAUUGCUCAAACUGAAACUUUGAUCUCGCGGAUGAGUCUAUUUGAGAAACCAAGAUCACCAGAGUGUACCGCCGUUCCUUUUAAUCUAACUGGCUUCCAAACCAUCGUAACUUCACCGCGUAUCCUGCCACCACCGUCGCCACCUACCCGCUUUUCUGGUAACGAAAUUACUCCCCCGAAACACACUUUUCGAGUGACCGGGAGCAAAGCCAAACGUGCGGAACGACCUGCUCUUGCGACACCUAAAAUUAUAACAACCUCCGUAGCAAAUCAAAGCAAAAGUGUACAGAAUUCGAAACGGCGGCGAAAUCCGAAUUCCAUGGUGUCUAUGGAAGAGCGUCUGGCUCAAAUAGCGCGAGAAAUCGCCGAAAAGAAACAGCGGCGCACGAAAUCUGCGGCUGGACGGAGUUCGGGUUCUAAAAAACGCCCCAAGACAACUAAAAGCAGAAAACCUGUGUGUUUACUUACGUGUAUAAAACCUAACAACCUUGAAAGUGAAAAGGCAAAGUUUAUGAAAUCUGGGUUUACGUACAACCCGCAAUUUCAAUAUGAUUACCCCCUCCGAAGCGACGUGUGGGCCCGAUACAACAGGGCAUCUUCAGCUCUAUUGCCUCAGGCAUUAUCAAUCAUGAAACGAGUGUUGGAGCGUUAUGGUAAUUAUGAAAAAUUUGAAUGGGCGACUGGUGGAAAACCACUCUCGAAAACGCAGUUGUGGAACACCGUAAAGCGCUAUCUUGAAAAGGAAGGUUUCUAUGGUGAAGUGGUUGUCAACAUCAGUAAUAAUUUAAUCUCGAGAGCAGCUAUGACGAUAAAUGGAGGAAGACCAACUCUCAGCAUUAGGGAAAGUGCUGCAAAAAAACUUUGGGUUGAGGGACUUUUACGUCAUGAAAUUGGAACACACCAUCUUCGUUUUCACAACAACCGGCAACAGAUUUGGCACAAUUCCAAAAUGCGUCGCCAACUUGGUUUAAAACCAGCCAACCCAACUGAAGAAGGAUUAGCAAGCAUACACAGUGUUCUAUUGCGAAAAGAUCCUUCAUUAUGGAGGUCAGCAAUACUCUAUUACACAGUACACAAAGCAUCACAGAUGUCUUUUUGUGAGUUGUUUGAAAAUUUAGGUCAAUACAUGGAUGACCCUGAAGUUCGAUGGGAUUAUUGUUUAAGAACUAAGCGCGGACAAUCAGAUACUUCAAAACCAGGUUGCUUUUGCAAAGAUCAAGUUUAUCUUACUGGCAUUCUUGCUUUGCUUGAAAGAAGACAUACAUUAGACUUCCAUUUGCUUUGCACAAUGGGUAAAGUUUCUUAUGAAGACUUAGAGAUGCUUCAGCCGCAUUAUAAUCCUGCACGAACGAAGAUUCCAAGCUUUAUGGAGGACCUUGCAGAAUACAGGGCAAUGUUAGAUCACAUAGUGAAAGUAAAUGGACUGGAAGAGUGGUUCACCGAUGGACCAGCAACAGCAGACAAUUUGAACGAAGGAGAUGGAGAUAAAUAAAGUACAAAAUAUACCAUGGUGGUGCUAUACUUUAUUACUAAAAAUUUAAAUGGCAUAUUGUCAUUUUAACGUAUAUCCAAUUUCCAUGUUUUAUUAAAGCUGUCUUUAUUAGUAAAGUUGUACUUCUUGUCACUGUGAAAAUUUAAUUUAUUUUAUUUAAAGUAUAUUUAAUGCACUUUCAUUCUGUUUGGUAUGCUUAAAAUUCUGAUUUGAAUUGAUAUUUCAAAUAUAAAUUCUUUUUACACUUGCAACAGCAUAUCUUGUAUAACAAUUUUGUGUUUGACUAACAUUUUUGCACCAAACAAUGUCGUUUAACAAACAGCAUUUUAUUUCAAUAAAAACA